CCGUUGGCGGCUACGGAUGUCAAUCACGGGGUCCCGGCUGGAGAUCCUCUGCCAGCACUCAGUGAUUGCCAAGUAACAUUGACAGGGGAGAGACCUGUGUGUAAACAACACAGGCCUCUCUCCUGUCAGCAACAACAUGCUGCUGUGUACUUCUCUCAGCAUGUUUCUCUAGUAAAACACACACAGCACAUUAUGUAAAACAGCACGCAGCACACAGUUAAUCUUUUGAUCACCAAAGAUGAUAACCCUUUCCUGCCCAGUGUCAUUAGUACAGUGUCAGUGCUUUUUAUUAGCACUGAUCACUGUAUUAGUGUCAUUGUGAUGCCAGUGGCAGUUAGUCAGUUAGUCAGAAUGCCCGUUGCAGUCCCGCUAUAAUU